AUGCAAGUCGUCAUUGAAAGGACAAGGACCGUUCAGGACAUACUAUCCCUGACGUUAAAGGAUGAAGUGAGGAUGGUUGAAGGAACUGUGGCCCCUAGAAACUCUUCUUCACAAGGGGAUGGCGGGGACUCGGAGGGGCAUCCUGACCCGUUGGCGGUCACCCUACUGGCAACAGUCCUGAUCAUAACUAUUGUGGUAGACAUUCUGGGGAACCUGUUGGUCAUCUUGUCUGUCUUCAGGAACAGGAAACUCAGGAAAGCAGGAAAUGCCUUUGUGGUGAGUUUGGCUCUGGCCGACCUAGUGGUGGCGAUCUACCCCUACCCCCUGGUUCUGACGGCCAUCUUUCACAACGGCUGGAUCGCCGGGUACAUCCACUGCCAGAUCAGCGGCUUCCUGAUGGGCCUGAGCGUCAUCGGCUCCAUCUUCAACAUCACCGGCAUAGCCAUUAACCGCUACUGCUACAUCUGUCACAGUCUGAAGUACGACAAGCUCUUCUCCAACAAGAACACCGUGUGUUACGUCAUCCUGGUGUGGGCGCUGACUGUACUGGCCGUCGUGCCCAACUGGUUUGUGGAGUCUCUGCAGUACGACCCGCGGGUCUACUCGUGUACUUUCGCCCAGUCGGUUAGUUCCUUGUACACCAUCACCGUGGUCGUGGUUCACUUCAUCCUCCCCAUCAGUAUCGUCACGUACUGCUACCUGAGGAUCUGGAUCCUGGUCUUACAGGUGAGGAGACGGGUGAAACCGGACACGAGGCCCAAGAUCAAACCACACGACUUCCGUAUCUUCCUGACUAUGUUUGUGGUGUUUGUGUUGUUCGCUGUCUGCUGGGCUCCGCUGAACUUCAUAGGGCUGGCGGUGGCUAUCAACCCGAGACUGGGUCUGAAUAUCCCUGAGUGGCUCUUCACAGCCAGCUACUUCAUGGCCUAUUUCAACAGCUGCCUCAACGCAGUCAUCUACGGAGUGCUCAACCAUAACUUCAGGAAGGAGUACAAAAGGAUUGUUCUGAUCAUUUUCAAGUUCCACUGCAGAGGUUUCCCUAGGGUGUCGGAACAGCACUGCUAAGGGUUCCAUAGGAUUCUGAAACAGCACUGCUGAUGGUUCCAGAGAGUUCUAGAACAGAACUGCUGAGGGUUCCACAGGGUUCCGGAACAGUACUGCUGAGGGUUCUGGAACAGCACUGCAGAGGGUUCUGGAGGGCUCUGGAACAGCACUGCUGAGGGUUCU